AUGGCAGACAAACAAGCACAAACAUAUAUAGACAAUCCAGCAGUUUUUGCGAAAAGUGUAACAAAAAUUGAGGUCGAUCAUAGUUUAAACAACUUGAUAGGUGAUUUGAUUAUUAAAGAUUUUCCUAAUUUGACUGAUGUUAUUCUUAGAAAUCACGGUUUAACUAGCGUAACUGUUGAAAGUUGCCCAAAUUUGAGUAAUAUUAAUGUCAGCAAUAAUAGAAAUUUAGUUAGUUUUAACCUUGAAAAAACUACAAUAAUUAAUGGAGAAAAUGCUGGUAAUAAGGUAAAGGUAGUGAAAAUUAGUGGUUAUUCGGGCAAACCGAGUUUUGAAGAAAUUAACCUCAAAAACUGUACAAGUUUGGAAGGGCUAUUUGUUAAUGACCUUGGCAAAAUUAGGACGAUAAAAGGAGUAAAAGACUUUGAUAAUCCAAUUAGGGAAAUUAAUAUGGGCGGUAGUGAGGGUUUUAAUCUUACUACUACGGAUGAAUUAGAGAGGUUAGAAGCUGUGGAAAAAGUUAGCGAUGAAAUUUUAGGUGGGAGUGGUAAUUUACCGAUGACAAUAGAUCCUGGCACUGGUAAGCAAGUAGUAAAUGUUGCUAAACUUAAAGAGGAUUUAGUAGUUAAAGGCGCUGAAAAUCCCGAUUCUCCUACAAAAAAAAUUGUGGAGGCCGUAAUAGUUGAAUUAGGUUUAAGAGGGACUAACAUUACUCAGCAACAAAUUAUCGAUGAAAUAAGAAAAUUAAAGGAUCGAGGAGAAAUUGAUAAGUUGGAGAGUGCUGCUAGUGCGCGAGAUGUGGAAAUUUCCAAGGAUAAAUUGAUUAGUGGUAGAUUUAACGAAUUACAAAUGUUGAGAGAUAAAAAAUUAUUACCUGGUCAAGAGGAUGAAAAGACUGAAGUUUAG